CUUCACGUGCACGAUGGCAAAGCAAUAUUUAUCAAAACAGUGUUAUGUGAUUAGUGUGGCCGGUUCAGAAUUUCAAGAUUAAAUAAGUAAAUUUCGCAUUUCUAUUUAGGAAUUUAUUCUUAUAAACAGCUAGCAGCAUGUUUCGAAGGAGUUUGAUUUCCAUAGUCCGGCAAGGUGCUACCGCAACCAAUGCCAAUAGCACCGGCUCCUCCAUCCGAAAUUUGUAUUCGCCCUCGGUGUUAGGGCUGGACGGGUAUGAGAAUUACCGGGAGAAAAUUCAAACUCAGCACAUGCAUAAUGUGGACAACUUUAAGCGUAAAAUGCGAGAAUUUGUAGCCGGUUCAACGACAAAUAUGGUCUUCACCGAGGACUUGAAGAACAUCAUUCAUCUGGCAGAUAACACCGACGAGGAUAAAAAAUUGCUGGUGGACAUGAUAGAUAAGUAUAACUCGCAAGCCCAGGAGCUUCGCUUUGGUAACUACAUCUUUGGUCCGGUGAUAAUGCGUGCCUUGUACUCCAUGAAGGAUCCAGCACUGGCAUUCAAAUUGUUCAAGGAUGAAAAAUAUAUCGGCUUCUUCGACCAGCUGACAACGUAUCAAAUCCUGGGCGAUUUACUCUACAAAAACGGUCUCUAUGCGGAAGUGCGAGAGCUGUUCGAUCUGAUCAAAAUUCGUCAGGUCCAGGGAGGGCGUUACCCGAAACAUUCGAUAACACUCACAUUUGCCGCAUGCUACCAGGAGAACACCAAAGAAUCCUUCCGUUAUGCAAUGGACCUGUGGAAGGAAUUGAACGCGGUUGGUCACAUCCCGAUGCGAAAGGCCACGGCUUUGGCGGCGGGACUUGCCCUGAAGCAAAAUCAAGCAGAUAUAGCACUGGAAAUUGUAGGAUCCAAGGGGAACUAUGUCACUAUUCGGCAAUUGAAGAUCUUAGCACUCACAUCGCUGGAACGUUUGGAUGAUUUGAUUCCGGUAUUCAGAUCGGUGUUGGAAGUCGGGGGACCAUUAGAAAAACGACAAACUUUUUGCCGCGAAGUAAUACAGAAAGUACAGGAUGCUAUCACGUCGACCAAAUCCGAGGUGCCGCAAGAUUUGAAGCGAAUGCUGGAAUAUCUGGAGGCGAACGGUCACAUUUCCGAUACCACGUUAGAUGAAUUGCUAUGUCAGGAGAUUGUAUCCAUCGGCCAGAAGAAAGACUCAACUAGCAACUUGGCUGAAAGCUACCGCACCAGAGGGGGUUCGAAUCAGUUCAAACAAUUUACCCCAACAAGGCAGCAAAAAUCGCGGUUCGCACGACCCGGACUGACAGAUAUGAAUUGACGCUGUGAAUAAAGUUCUGAGCUAACCCGAGUAAAAGUGUAGAACUGCAGGCUUAUAUUUCAUCCAAUAAAUACAAGUAGAUUGUAAACAUGGAAAA